AUGGAAAUUAUUGGAGGAAAUGAAGUUGUUGCCCAUUCCAGACCAUACAUGGCAUUAAUAAAAAGUACGGAACUGUGUGGUGGUGCAUUGAUAAAGUCAAACUGGGUGUUAACUGCAGCUCAUUGUAAAAUUGACGUAAAUUCGGAUGUGAUCCUUGGAGCACAUUCAUUGAUUAAACCAGACAAUCAGCAGCAGAAAUUGAAAGUUGCCAAAGUAAUUCCAUAUCCGUGCUUUGAUUAUAAGUUGAAAAUCCAUGAUAUUAGUCUCAUACAGCUAAAUCGUCCGGCAAAGUUAUACAAAAAUGUGUCACUUCUUCCACUUCCAAAAACUGAUGAAGAUGUAAAACCUGGAACUGUUUGUAGCGUUGCAGGUUGGGGAGUCACUAAUUCUAAAGAUUUAAAGCCAUCGCAGGUUCUCCGUGAAGCAAAUAUCAUUGUUACAGACAGGAAUAAAUGUGAAAAAAUAUAUAUGAAGUUAAAGGAGAGGACACCAAUCACCAUUAGUAUGCUCUGUGCUGGACCAGACAAAAAGAGGAAAGGUGAUGCAUGCCAGGGUGAUUCUGGUGGUCCAUUGAUUUGCGGCGGAAUGUAUAAAGGAAUUGUCUCCUUUGGAAAUAAAUGCAACAAAAUACCAGGUGUUUAUACAAGACUAACCAAAAACUAUCUGAAGUGGAUACAAGAAACUAUUGGUGGUGACUAAGUCAGCUGCUAUUACCCUGA